AAAGGUAAAUCUGAAAGGUGUUCACUCAGUUUUUCAACAAACAAGAGAAACAACAUGAGCUGUACUCACAACAAUCAUCAAGAAACAUAUACAAUGCCUUCUCCUGGUAUAUGUCAAAAAAUGUUGAAGAAUCAACAGAUUGAAGAUGGACUGGGGACUAUUGCCAGCCCCAUGAAGUUUUUUGACCAGGAUUUUCAUGUACUGAGAGAUGCAUGUCUCUUGCAAAAUACAAGAUUUGUGGAUAAGACUUUCCCUCCUGUAAUGGAAACAAUUGGGCCUGGUCUGGUCACACCAGAACAAAUGACAAGAAUAGAGUGGAUUAGACCAAUCAUACUGCACCCUGAUCCUCAGUUAAUAGUGAAAACAACAAGCAGAUUUGAUAUUGCCCAAGGAUCAGUUGGAAACUGCUGGUUCCUGGCUGCCUUGGGUUCUCUCACAUUUCAUCCUAAUAUUUUAACUCAAAUCAUACCAGGUGAACAAGGAUUUAAAAACAUGUAUGCUGGGAUCUUUCAUUUUAAGUUUUGGUAUUUUGGAAAGUGGGUGGACGUGGUGAUCGAUGACAAAUUGCCUAUUCUUGAUGGGAAAUACCUGUGUGUUUCACCUAAAACGUUAAAUGAGUUCUGGCCUCCUUUGCUUGAAAAAGCAUAUGCUAAGCUGUGUGGAUCUUACACUAAUAUGCAACAUGGAAGCAUCUCAGAGGCAUUAUUAGAUUUUACUGGAGGAGUGCAGAUGACUAUCAAGCUGAAUAACCCACCAGAAGAUCUUUGGUCAAUAAUGAGGAAGGCCACAGAAAUGAACUCCUUAAUUGGAUGUGGAUCAUCUCCUGGUGCUACUAAAGAAAACACAGUAUUGGAGAAUGGGUUAGUGGAAGGACAUGCCUAUUCAGUAACAGGAGUUUAUGAGCUGAAAUCAUUUGAUGUCGAUGUAAAGUUAAUCAGACUGUGGAAUCCAUGGGGUAACACAGAAUGGAAUGGAGCUUGGAGUGAUCAAUCUUCCAAAUGGAAAGGAGUACAUGAAGAACAGAAACAAAAGUUGUAUUUAAAACGAGAAGAUGGAGAAUUCUGGAUGGACAUUGAGGACUUUAAAAAUUAUUUUGACACUGUUAAUAUUUGCAAUGAGUCUCCUGGCUUUUUGGACUCUAAUGCCAACAGCAUCUGGACUGAAUCUACUGGCAGUGGAAAAUGGAUCAGAGGAAUUUCAGCCAGUGGAUGCUUAACUAACUCAGACUCAUUCUGGAUGAAUCCUCAAUACAGAAUAUCACUUGAAGAUGCCUCAGAUUUAGAAUCAUCAUACAAUGUAGUUAUAUCGCUUAUUCAGAAACCACUACACAGAAAACGAUGUCUGUCUUCUUUUCUUCAUAUUGGCUUUUAUAUUUUUAGGGUCCCCAGUCAGUUUAAUAGUGGUAGGCUGCCUCAGGAAUUCUUUACCUCUUUUAAUCAUCAUGUGAGCACCUUUGGCUUCUUGAAUGCACGAAAUAUUAGUGAGAGGUAUACAUUACCUCCUGGGAACUAUGUAGUAGUUCCUUCAACCUAUAACAAAGGCCAAGAGGGAAAAUUUGUUUUAUCUGUCUUCUCCAAGACAAAGAACAACAUUCAAGAGGUGGAUUCCAACCUUAACUUGAAUUUGAAAUUUCCCAAGCAAGUUGCAAACAUAUCUGAAGUCAGUACUUAUGAGAAGCUAUUUGCGAAAUAUUCUCAGGAUGAAGAAAUAGAUGCAGUUCAUUUACAGUCCCUGCUUAAUGAUGUAUUCCUCAGAGGGAAAACUUCAACAGGUGGUUUCAGUUUUGAAACUUGUAAAAGUAUGAUAGCUGUUAUGGAUCAUAGUUCCACUGGUAGAUUAAAUUUGUAUGAAUUUAAGUGUCUGUGGAAGCGACUCAUCAUAUUACAAAAUAUCUUUAAUGAAAAAGACAUAACCCUUACUGGGUUUCUGUCUUUGUCUGAACUGUGGCAAGCAAUCCAGAGUACAGGGAUCAAAAUAAGCAACGAACUACUAAUCCUCAUUUCCUUAAGAUAUGGAAAUCCAGAUGACAAGAUUGCAUUGGAAAACUUUAUUUCCCUUAUGCUUCGUCUAGAGUGCAUGGCUGAUAUAUUUAAAAAACUUUCAAGAGGAAAUGUCAUGUCUCUCCAACAAAGUGAGUGGAUGAAUAUCACUAUGUACUUAUGAAAAUACCAGAAAUGUCCUGGAGCAAUUGUUUCUGUAGAAGUGUAGGAUGGAGGACAAGUACAUUAUAGCCUGCAUUUUACAUUACUGCUACUAAAAUAUUAAGAGAAAUGUAACCUCCUUUUUUAUGGAUAAGGAACAUGUUAAAUAGAAAUCAUAGGAAAAUAUAAUCAUUUUAAAUGAUUCAAGUAAUUAUAAUAUGCAAAUAUCUUUAAGUUUUGAUAAAUUGUGUC